AUGGAAGGUGUGAUGCUGUGCCAUGUCCGGUCGAGGACUGUGACGAAACACCUUGACCCUCACCUUCAGCCAUGUUGGGCACCGCAGGAUGUACAGAAAAAAACUUCCACUGGAUCAACUCCUUUCCAGGGCUUUUCACCAGUCAGGGUGCAGUCAAAGUUGCAUCCCAGCGAUGGGGAUGAUCCUGGAUCACACUGGAAACUCAUUGGUUUCUGCGGUGAGCGUGAGUUUUACUGCGCCUUGCACGAUGCAGUUUUCAAUGGCAAGGCGGCGGUUUGGCUCUUGGAGCAGCAUGCGGUGAAGAAUAUGGAAGGUUUUUCCGCCCUACAUUGGUUGGCGUUGCGCAGCAUGGACGAGGAUCAGGAUGUUGAGGAAGUGGUUCGAUGUCUCAUUCGUUCAGGCGCCUCGGUCGAGCAGAAUACCGAGGAAGGCAAAAUCCCCUUAGAGAUGGCAGUAAAGCCUGGCAGUUUGUUCCCCAAGCACCUUCUGUACCUUUUGGCGCCUUCCUAUCAGGCAUUGGAUGGCGGGAAGAGCCUUCUGAACUGCUCCUUUUUUGAGGACCUCGCUUUGAUGUCCAGCCACAGUGGCAAGGCUGCGCAGGACUUCGCGGACCGCAUCGCCACCUUGCCGGCGGCCUCGGCAAAGCACAAGGUCAUCAAGGACGCGCAGCACGAGAACGCCGUGGAUUGUAUGGCAAGCCUCUUGCAGAUGGCUCCGGAGGCAGCUGCCGGGAUGUUGGGAUUGUUGCUGGCGAAGCCGAUUCAGGAAAGUCCAGGACACCACUCCCUGAGCUCCCGAGCCAUCUUGUGGGGUCGGACCCUGCAAUGCACCUACCAGCCAGAUCAGCGCAUUACGCGCUUGGGUCCCCGACAGGACAAAGUCCGUUGGCCCGAAUGGAAAUACGAUGCCACACUGGGACACGCGCCCGCGUGGCAUAGCAAGCUUCUGAAGGUGCCACAAGAGCACCAAGCGCGGAGUUCGAAGGUCUUCGAUGUGGAAACCUUAGUCCUGCUGUUGCCCAACAUCUUGGACAUCGACAUUUUCAUGGCCUUGGCUUCAGCCAGAAGUGUUCACAGGCAAAUCUUCAGUUCCUUGGCGAUCAAAGCCGCAGUGCAUUGCCUGUGGAUUGAGUUAAUCAGUCCGGUGUUUUGCCUCACGCUGCUGUUCAACCUGCUGGAUCUGUUGAUGUUUGCUGCCUGGGGGCUCACGCCAGCGCAUCGGCCACUGCUGUGGCGCUUGACGCGGACCAGUAAGGAGGCAGAGGCCAAUAGCUCGGUACAAUUCCCGCGCUUCGCCAACUUUGUGCUGGCCGGGCUUCUGCGUGACUUGACGAACAUCGGCUGGUGGCUGUUCUCGCUCUGCCGAAAGUGGUUGAGUCACAAGAAGAACUCGACGAUCAACGGAACGUUGGGCCGCGGACACGAACUGCGUUCCGGGCUGCAUUCCUUGUGGCACCCCAUGAAGAUCUGCGACAUUAGCCACAACACCAACAUGCCGGAGCUGUUUCUGUGCUUGCUGAAAGCCAUCUUCCUCCUCUCCGUGCGGUGCACCAGGAACUGCGAAAGUGAGAUGCCAGACACCACUCAGGCUUUGUUGGCGGUGUGCUUUUUUAUGCAUUCUGUCAAGUUGAUCUACAUGCUGCGGGUGAGUGCCUUUGGCGGGAAGAAGAUUUUGGUGCUGCUGAAGACGUUGGUUAGCGGCGCGAUGCGUGAGAUGUUCCUGGUGGCUUUCCUAUUCUUCCUGGCCUUCGUGGUCACUGCUGUGAUGUUGGACCGCAAGGGCGCCAUCACGGUGGUGAGUUGGUCCUUAUACCGCGGCCUGAUCUUUGGCGACGGAGCGGGCCUGGACAACAUGGGCUUCGCCAUCGAAGGGAGUUGGAGAGGGGAAAGUGGCUUCGUGGACGACAUCGAUGUGUUGCAGCAACUGCUCACCGUGAUGGCCAUUUUGGGCACGGUGACCUUCAUCGUGAUCCUGAAUAUGAUCAUUGCGAUUUACAGCAACGAGUAUGGCCGCCUGGAAAUGGAAUCCGAUCUGCUCUUCCAACGAGAGCGGGCGAAGUAUUGCUGCAAUUGCUUGCUUGGAAUGCAAAAGCUGCGCUCCCGAAACUGUUGCCUUCGGAUGGCCGUGCGCAUCGCUGUGAUAUUAUGCUCUGCGGGCGCUAUUCUGCUCUUCAUCUUCUUCCCUAGCGGUGGCGAUCCGCUGGUCACCGGCUCCAGUCCUACGCCUGCGGCAGCGUUUUUGCUCGCAGCGGCACAGGUGGGAAUGCAAGCUUUGAUGAUGCACAGCGAAUGGUUUGCCGUGGGCCGCAGUGGUGCUGAAGGACCACGCGAGGAGCAUUUCCUGUGGAUCGUGCGCCGCUGUGAGCAGCGUGACGGGAGUCGGUGUCCACGGAGGCAGCUGCAAGGCAACUGA